ACGGCUGAGGCGAUGGCUGACAGCUACAGCCCCGACAAUGAGCCUACGACGCGCACGCUGCUAAGGCGCGUGCUGGACACAGAGUUCCCCCGCACCCCGCGGCGACUCCGAAGUACUCCGGCUGGUGCCCAGAGAGCCCUGCUUGAAACACCUUUCUCUAUGAGGCUGAGGAGCCAAACAAAGACAGCUACCAAGCAGCGUUCCCAUAGAACCAGGUCUAUUAACAGAUUGGCCCACAUUCAAACCAGUGAACACCUGAAAGAACAGACACCCCGGACUCUGCUGGAGAACAUCCUACUAACUGCCCCAGAAUCUUCCAUGGUCAUGCCACAGUCAGUGGUGAAGCCAGUGCCGGCACCGCAGGUGAUGCAGCCCUCCAGCCCGGAAAGCAGUCGGGGCAGCCUGGAGCUGCAACUUCCUGAGCUCGAACCCCCUACAAUCCUGGCUCCAGGUCUGCUGGCUUCUGGCAGGAGGAAGCGGAGGCUGAGAUUGUCAGUGUUUCAGCAAGGAAUGGACCAGGGGCUGCCUCUCUCCCAAGAGUCUCAUGGGAAUGCUGAUGCCUCCUCCCUCACCAGCUCCCUCAACCUGACCUUUGCUACACCUUUCCAGCCACAGUCAGUGCAGAGGCCUGGUUUGGCCCGCAGACCUCCUACACGCCGAGCUGUAGAUGUGGGUGUAUUUUUGCAGGAUCUGCAGAAUACUUCUGUGGCCUUGGCUCUGUCAGGUAACAGCCUCAAUACUCCUGUUGGUACCCUGCCAAUGGACACUGUGUUGGAGGACACCCAGCCCUUUCCCCAGCCUUUGAUUGGCCGUUCCUCCAGUGUGUACCACUCCCUGCCCUGCUCCUCUGUCUCUGCUGAGAGGGCUGUCAGUUUCAGGACACGGAGCCUUGGGCCUAGGCUGCAGAACAACAGUCUUAGGAAACCAGCACAACUUCUGGCAGGAAAGGCAGAGGAAGUUGAUGCCCUUGCUAUGGGCUUCUCAAACAACAGCAGUAGUAUCUCUGAAGAAGGUGGACUAGACCCCUUACAGGAUGAAGUUGGCAAGGAGGUAGAAGAAAUGAUGGAAGAAAGCUUGUGCAUGAGCAAAGUGAAGGAGGCAGCUGGAGCACAAGGAUCUGUCAGAGAAGAAGAGCCUGAGACACACACAGAAAUGAUAGAAGCAGAGGAAUCCUGGGGGGCUGUUGACGCCAAGGAGCCAGAAGGAUCUUCAGGGGAUAAAAACACCUUUGAUAGGACAGCAAGUCCCAAGUUGGCCUCCAGCACCCCAGAGUUUCAUCAGGCCAGUCAACUUCAGUUGCCAGCCCCACCGGCGAGCACUGCAGUCUUUUCUUCAGAGCCUCUGGAGCCUCUGUCAACCAGGCUUCCUCCCAAGGCCCGAACUGCUGGCCCCAGACAACGUCGAGAUCCCUACAAGACUGGACUGAGCCACUAUGCUAAACUCUUCAGCUUCUAUGCUAAGAUGCCCAUGGAGAAGAAGGCUAUUGAGAUGGUGGAGAAGUGCCUGGACAAGUAUUUCCAACAUCUUUGUGAUGACCUGGAGGUGUUUGCUGCUCAUGCUGGCCGCAAGACUGUGAGGCCAGAGGACCUAGAGCUGCUGAUGCGACGGCAGGGUCUGGUCACCGACAAAGUAUCCCUGCAUGUGCUUGUGGAGCGGCACCUGCCCCUGGAGUACCGGCAGCUGCUCAUUCCUUGUGCAUUCAGUGGCAACUCUGUCUUCCCUGCCCAGUAGUGGUCAGGCCUCGA